AUGGAUCCCAAGAGUGGUAUGGAUUACAACUCGUACUCAUUCAGCGGCAGUCAAUCGAGUUCUUCGCCGUCCAUCGAGACUAAAGACUCAUUGCAUUCGUCGCCAUUCAAGUCAAUCGCAUCGAACUCUUCGUCGACAACGACAUCGACGGACAAAACGAAGCCAUCGGUUAGUAUGCGGUCGCGAAAUGUGACCCAAAAUAACGCAGACAUGAGUUCCAGCGGCGGUCAGCGGUCAGAAGUGCCGCUCUUUCCCGGGGAGACAAUCGUCGGUAACCUUCGGGCCAGAGAUGUGACGUAUUUGUGUCCAUACUUCGGACCAAUUCGUGGAUCACUUUAUAUCACGAAUUAUAAGCUAUACUUCAAGAGCAACGAAAGCGACGCCGAAAACCUGUCGGUUCCGCUCUGUUGUGUCUCCCGUAUAGAGAAGGUCGGCGGCGCCACCUCUAAGGGCGAGAACUCCUAUGGCAUCGACCUCUUGUGCAAAGACAUGCGAAACCUGCGGUUCGCACACAAACAGGAGAACCACUCGCGUCGGGAUGUCUUUGAGAAGUUGUCUCAGUUUGCGUUCCCGCUGUCCAACAAACUGCCGAUCUUUGCCUUCGAGUAUUCGGCCAAAUAUUCGGUGAACGGGUGGACGGCAUACGCGCCGAUCGCUGAGUACAAGCGCAUGGGUUUACCCAACGAGAGCUGGAAGAUCACCAAAAUCAACGAGAACUACGAACUCUGCGACACUUAUCCGGCAGAUCUGGCCGUCCCGUCGGCCGCCAGCGACGACUACUUGCGAUCUGUGGCCAGUUUUAGGAGUCGUGGCCGACUCCCGGUGCUGAGUUGGCUGCACCCCGAAAGUCAGGCCAGUAUUACCCGAUGUUCUCAGCCGUCGGUCGGUAUGACUAACAAACGGAACAGAGAUGACGAGUCGUACAUCCAGAUGAUUAUGGACGCCAACGCCCAGUCCCACAAGAUCUUCAUAAUGGACGCCCGACCCAUCGCUAACGCCGUGGCCAACAAAGCGCGCGGCGGAGGCUAUGAGAGCGAAGAGCUCUACAGAAACGCGGAAAUUAAUUUUCUGGACAUUCAUAGCAUUCAUGUGAUGCGAGAGAGUCUUCGGAAACUCAAAGAAUUAUGUUUUCCAGCCAUUGGUGACGAACAGCACUGGUAUUCAAACCUGGAAUCGACUCAUUGGUUAGAACACAUCCGAUCAAUACUCGCCGGCACUCUUCGUAUUGUCGACAAAAUAGAGAACAACAAGACUUCAGUUGUGGUCCAUUGCAGCGAUGGUUGGGACCGAACGGCACAACUGACCAGUCUUUCCAUGAUAUUACUCGACCCCUACUAUCGGACUCUUAAGGGGUUUGAAGUUCUCAUCGAAAAAGAGUGGAUUAGUUUUGGCCAUAAGUUUGCGCAACGCAUCGGACAUGGAGAGGACAAACACUCAGACGACAACCGGUCGCCAGUGUUCCUGCAGUUCAUUGACUGCAUUUGGCAGAUCACCAAACAGUUCCCCAAUGCCUUUGAAUUCAACGAAUACUUUUUGAUCACAAUUUUAGAUCACUUAUACGGAUGUCUUUUCGGAACAUUUCUCUGUAAUUCCGAAUAUCAACGACACAAAGAGGAAGUGAAGACUAAGACCAAGUCUUUGUGGUCCUAUACUAACAGCGAAGACAAUAUCGACGACUUCAAGAAUCCUCUUUAUACCAGUUAUACGAAACAACACGUCCUGAUGCCUGUGGCCAGUCUUCGGCGCAUUCAGUUAUGGACCGCAUAUUUUUGUCGAUGGAAUCCCAACCUUAGACCCCAAGAGCCCAUUCAGACCCGCAAUAAAGAGUUGCUUCUAAUGCGCGCUGAGAUCAAGAAAAGAAGCGAUGAUUUGCAGAAAGAAUUGCAAACAAAGUUAACCCGAAUAGGAGGAAACGGUGCCAAUAAUAACUCAUCUGCCGGUGCCAGCGGUGGUGCCAACGCUGCCAUUGCUGGCGCGUCGUCCACAUCCGGUGUCUCAACCACUUCAGGGUUGGGGCGAAUCACUUCAGUCAUCUCUAUAUAA